AUGGCAGAGCUCAUGAAACUCGAGGCUAAUCUCUCCGUGGCCUUGGGUGAAAAGCCCACUGUUUGGAGUUCCUGCCCCUCAGAUUGUUCCAAACUGGAUCCUGCAAUACAGCACUUCACAUCAUUGAGUGCACAGUCUUCAGUGGACAUGCAGGAUCGAACCAUCGGCGUGGUGACGGAAGAGUUUGAGUCCGAGAGCCCAGUAGAAAUCGUGCCACCGAUGAAGUCGCAGAGCCGCAGCACCAGAGCAGUUGGAACCACCACUGACGACCUCGCAGGGCUAUCAGAGGAGAACGUAAAGGAUGUCAGUCUGAGCCAGAGUCAGACCUCCAGUUCUCCAGACACCACUGCCAAGAAGGAGCGAAGUGACACGGCCCGCAGCGCCCCGAGCCGGUCGGGCUCUGGGCGCGUCUCGGCGCUGCUCAGCGCCCCGCCGGUGUCAGCUCGGCUGUCCUUAAGGAGACAGAAGGAGCCCAAGGCUUCUGCGGGCCGCACCACUUCUCCCUCAGCCAAGCUUAGGAGGAGCUCUUCUGCUCGCGAGCUAUCAGGACCUGUCAGCGGCUUGUUAGCCUCGGACGUAGCGCGGUUGGUGGCUUCGCCUGAGAUCGGUGCGACAGGGACAGUUUCCAAGGGUGGUCAUGAUGGUUUCACAGGUGGCUAUGUCAGUUUCCCAGACGUGCUUGGUACCUUGAAUGACUUCUUGCCGCAUCCGACCCCGGAGCCGGAGGCUUGCGGUUCUCCAGAGGAAAUGAGCAGAAAUGGCACAGGCCAAGACGACAAUCUUCCACACCAUUGUGGGUACCGAGCUUUCGACUAA